AUGACCAUUAUGAAGUCUAUCUCCUCCAUGGGCAACGUUGCCUCCGGCUCAUCCCUCACCAAGAGCACUGUUUCCACUUCUGGCGCACUGGGUGCCUCGCAGUCUGCUAACACAAAUGCUGGUCUGACCCAAGUUGUAGGUGGUUUGGUUGUCGGAGUUGAGAACACUGUCAACGGUGUCUUGUUCUCUGUGCUCGGACUGGUCGAUGGUCUCCUGGGAGGUCUCGGUCUCUAA